AUGGAGCAGGUCCUGGGGAAAGCACUACUUGCGAUCCUUAUCUCGAGCCCAUCUGGCACAGCUCUGCAACAACUUCAAGGAUCCUGGAGUGCAGCCAUACGGAGGGGAUCUUUUCCGAGAGGUCAGAGAUGCAGCAGACGACGUUUUCUUGAAGAUACCGGCUCCAAACCCCGCUGCUUUCGACAACGUCGAGGCAUUGAAAGCAUUGGGUUUCGAGGAGGCCGAGGUGCGGCGUGCUCUGGACUACGCUUACAACGACGUAUCCACGGCAGCGACGUAUCUCAUGGAAGGUUUCCCGGUCCACCGACCGCGACCAGCACACGGGGCUGGGUCACCGUCACCGACAGCUGUGGACAUGUCCGUGUACUACGAUGCUUCAGGCAAGUACUCGCUUCGUUUGCUUUGUUUCGUGACCGAAAGUGGGACUAG